UCCUCCGGCUAUAAGUUUGGCGUUCACUUCGUCCUCUUAAACCCUAGAAAAAAUGGUGGGUUUAGAAAAUGCAGACAAGUCUUCUCUUCGAAACCCUAGAAAUAAACGUAAACAGCGGCCUCCUAAUAAGCCUAGGAACGCCAAGAAGAGAAAGCCCGAUGUGAACCACAAUCGCCAUGCUCAAGAGACCACAAAUGGUAGUGAAGCCAUUGCAUCAGAGCCACUUCCAUUGGAGCCCUUCAGCUUUUUCCUGAAUGAGUUCCAAACGGCUAAUGAUGUGCAGGUUUCUUCUCUUGAGUUGGAUUCCAUGAAAGAUAGAUGCAUUCUGGGUCCUCCUGAAAGUUCAGUUCAGGAUGAUAAAAGUUUGGUGAAACAUGUUAAGGAAGCUUUUGGAUCGUCGUGGAAAGAAAUUCUAUGUAAGGGGGAACUCUUGGAAGGACGGACUGAACCUGGGAGUCCUGCAGUUCUUAUAAUCAGUACAUCUGCACUUAGGUCGAUUGAACUUUUAAAGGGUUUUCGAUCGAUAACUCAAGAAUGCCAUGCUGUAAAGCUAUUUUCGAAGCACAUGAAGGUUGAGGAACAGGUACAGCUGUUGAAGAACCGUGUUAACAUUGCGAGUGGUACACCGAGCAGGAUUAAAAAAUUGAUUGACAUUGAGGCGUUGGGGCUGUCAAGACUAGCCGUCAUUGUGCUGGACGUUCAACCAGAUGUCAAGGGAUAUUCUUUAUUUUCACUUCCACAAGUCAGAGAUGAAUUCUGGGAUUUAUACAAGAGCUACUUACACCCGCGGAUAGUUGAGGGUGAGCUGCGAAUUUGCCUCUUUGGACCUUUACAACCUACUCGUAAACGAAGAAAAAAGGAAAUCUAGUUAUUGUUAAUGCAUCCUCAAAGUUCAUCAGUUCCCACAAAUUAUCUUUCAUCACUUGAUCAUUUUUCCCCAACUUCCGUUUCAUUCCUAUAAUUCCGAUUUGGUUUGUUGUACCAAAAUUUUGCAAUCUGAGCUGAGUCAAUUUUGAAGUCAAGCUGUGUGAAAUAUUACAUUGUGUAAUAGAUUUUGGAAUUAUGUAUAAAUUAUUCACUUUUUCUAAUUUACUAAUUUAACAUAAA